CUGGUCGCCAGACGUGUAUACACAUACACUGCCGCUAGACACAAACAGUCGCAAAUUGUGGAAGAAUAUGCAUUGACUUUCACCCCACUUUGUAUUCAAAAUUAGGGAUUAAUUUUCACUUGAGUUAAAUUACUUCAGGUUAUACCAAUUGCAGUAAGUAGUUCAGUAGGCAUACCAGUGACUCUGAUUGAUUGAUUGAAAGUAGUAACAGUAACGUACUGUCGUACUACCAGCGUACCAAGUCCAAUGUCAUUAUUAUGAUAAAAUCCCUGCCAAGCGCAACAAUUAUUUUUUUUUUAUAUAUAUCAUUUUAUGGAGUGGCAACAACGUUCAAUAGUUUCAAUCAACAACUCAGUAUAGGCCUAGUAGUAAUUAGUAGUAUAGCUUUCUUCAUAAAUUUAAAUCGUUAUGGCAAAAAUCUUACCCCUGAUAUUAUCUAUGACUAUAGACUAUAGUCUAUAGCCUAAAAUAAUAUAAGGGCUCACGCAAUGUUCUGAUCAUUUUGGCUCCUAUUUAUUAUUUAUGUAGUGUAGAGGGGAUUCGGGAUGUCUCUGUGCCUGGUUUCGAAGCCACUGGUUGCAAGAGCUACUCAGGGAGGGUAUCAGGAACCGAAGCAGGACUUUUUGGCGCAGGACAUUUUGGCGCCAUUUUAAAAAAAACUUUUUAUUUAACUUAACGUUUAUAAACUUUUAAUAAAGAGAAUGCAAAAUAUAUAAAUUAAGAAACGUUUAAAAAUAACUUUUUAUUUAACUUAACGUUUAUAAACUUUUAAUGAAGAGAACACAUAAUAGUAUCCUUCGUCAUUCAACUUUUCUUCACCACGCUUCGAUGUAACAUUUUCCAUUUUACUGGUUUAACAGAAUUAUAAUAUGUGAUAUAUUUAUGAAACUCUGCUUAACUUAUGAUUUUAGUUUAGAACACUCUUGCACUUUUAUAAAUGUGAAGCGCACGCAUGAUUAGGCAGGAACGGUAAAUAAUGGCUUAGGCCAUCUGUGCGCCAAAAUGACCUGCGCCAAAACGGCUCUGCAUCAAAACGGUCACGCCAUAACGGCGGCGCCAAAACGUCACAUACCGUCAGGAACUGGAGGCUAUUUACUACACUACACCACCACCUACUCCUCGCAAAAGUUCCCCUAAAAUUAAAAAGACACACCAAAUGAAACCAAGAUUAUUAUCUGUAUUUAUACAGUACUAUUUUGUGCUGGUUAACUCAAUUCAGGUACCGAUAGUCCUACUAUGAAUUAUGCAUAGUAUGGUGAGGCCUUAUGCCCCAAUUUCAUAACUGCAUUUUCUGGGGAGCGGGGUCACUGAGCCCCCACCCUCAAUUUUGUUCAGGAGCCAUCAGUCAGUAUCCAAGUUUAUGCUCCCCCACCCCUGUCCAUCAAAGUGACUGUCCAGCACCUUUUUUACCUACAUUAAAGCACAAUAUAUAUAAUUACUCACUUUGACUUGUUUAUUUUAAUAUUCACUAUGAUUAAUAUGGAAAUGAAUUUCUAUUUAUCUUGACACAUCUAAAGUAAAGUGGCUAGUCAUAUGCAUUCAAAUUUCAACCAAGAUUUUUAAUCCAGGAUGAGGAUCAAUUCUUUUCAAUAUAGAAUAUAUUAAAAUAGGACCCAAUACUAAUACUAUCAGACUCUAGUCUAUGUUGAAUAUACAGUAUUAUUAUAUCAUUGUUGAUAAUACCUUGUCAUUUUACUAACUAGAAAUCUACUCUAUAGCAAAUUUAAGAUUGGAUUAUCAUUAGUCAUUUCAAGAUUUUUACUUUGUGAGGCAAAAUUCAAAGUUUUCAUAAAAGUCAUUUUAAUUAAAAAAUUUUUACUACCGUAAGUCUAAGCGUAACACCAUUUUCAACUUUUUUAGUCAGUAGCAAAACUAUACAAACCAGAGUUAUUAUGCAGAGCACUCCACAAGCAGGCUGACAACAUGGCAAUGGAAGUCAGUGCAGAGGAAAAUCCUUCUAAGAGAUCACUAGAAAAUAAAACUGGAGGAGACAAUGUUGAAACAAAAAUAUUUAAAGAUUCUUCAUGUGAUCAAGUUUUAACCAAAAUCAUCAUUGAAACAGGUAUUCCAUUUUCAUGCCCAAACCUUGAGUCAGUGUGCACAUUUGAUAUUGAGUUCAACUGCUCUGAAACAAAUAAUCAUGUUAACGACUUGAAGGAAAGUCUGGGAUUAAAAGAUAGUAAAACUAUUGAACAUAAAUUAGGUUCAUCCGAGUCAAAAUUUAAAGUCCUCUUGGAGAAAUGUGUCAUGACGAUGUGCAGUGGUGAGGUGAGCAUGUUUAGGAUUAGUGCCUGUAUUCCAUCAGUGUCAUCAGAGACCAAUAAAAUUGAUAAGUUAUGUAUCACAAUACAUUUACGCUCAUUCAAAUCAGUCACACCUCUAUGGCAAUCGUCCUCUCAAGAAAAAUACAACCUGGCUCUUUUCCACAAAGAGAAUGGGACGAAUUUCUUCAAAGCAGGGAAAAUUGAGGCAGCUUUCCUUCAGUACAGUGUUGCUGUUAAAUAUCUCAUUUGCAUUCUUGAAUGUACAGAUGUUUCCAUCAGAGAGAUCGAUCAAGAGAAAAAAGACAAAAUCAAAGAAUAUAAUUCACUGAAGCAUGUCUGUUAUUUAAAUAUUGCUGCCUGUCAUUCAAAAGUAGGUCAUCAUUCAAAUGUCAUCAGUAGCUGCUCCAAGGCAUUAGAAAUAGAAGAAAACAGUGUCAAGGGCUUAUAUAGACGUGCUCAAGCCUACAAAGCUUCUGGACAGCUGAAUGAAGCAAGGUAUAAGUAUAUCAUAAUUAUUUUUCUAUAUUUUCUUUAUACAGUUGAAUAAGAAAAUUUGAUAAUAUUAGAAAUAUUAUCUUUUAAAAAUUAGAAAAGACAUAUUUUUUUAAAAAAUCAUUUUAAGAUGUUAGGAAAUAGGUUUUAAAGAAUUCAUCCUAAAUAAACGCUUUUUAACCAACAUUUAAAAAUUAACCAAGAUUAAUAAACUUAACUUCAUGACAAUUAAGAUAUAAUUAUUACUAAUUAGAUUACACCAGUAAGCAUGAUGACCAUCCACGGCAAAGCAUUGUCUUUCAAAAAGUAAAUAUUUUCUUGUUAGAAAAAAACUGAAGUUAAUAACAAUAAUCAUUUGAUGAUAUUUAUAUCACUCGGGUAGAUUAGCGUAAUGAUUUAAUUUUUUAUAUCUGUGUCUAGUGAAUGUGCAGAAAAAUUUGUCUAGCAUUUCUUUUAAACGCUUUACUACUCUUGUAAAUUUAUUACUAAGAAAAAAUAUCUUGUUUAUUAAUAGAGCUUUGGGCUUCUUUGCAUUGCUUGAAAUAUCACAAGCUUUUCAUGAUGAGUGGGGGAAAUUUAUAUUAUCUCUGAUAAAUGCCUUCUCAAGGCCAAUAAUCAUAAUAGCUUUUCAUCUGUUUUCCUAAUUUUUUUAAAUAUAUUUUUUAUAUGCUCUUCUGAUAUAAUUCAACACCACCAACUUGAAGAGUCCCAGUCCCCCCCCCCCCCUAAAUCUACUGAGCAUUUCGCUCCACUCUUCUUUUUUUCCCAUUACCAACAACUUUGUGAACCGCUGUUCUAGAUAUUUAAAGGUAAUGUUUAUUUUAAUUUGAAAUUCAUCUUUUUAUUUUAAUGACUGGUACCGGUAAACUGCAUUAGAAAAAAUAAAUAAAUGUGGAAGAGAAGGAGGAGAAUAAAAAAAAAAAUCUUGAAUUAUUUUCAUGGUCAGGCAGAGAGAUAGUGACAUGAGUUCAGAUUUUUCUUUUUUUUUCAGAUAAAUUCAGUAUCUUUUCACAAGGGUCAUAUUUAUAUUAUUUUUUUGGUACUCAUUCCCCAGAUCAGAUCUGAUGAAAGCUCUGAAGCUAGAACCCAAGAACAAGGUUGUUGCAUCAUUUCUCCAGGAAUGCUUAUAACAUAGUAGAAGACUGUAUUGUCAACAUUGUUUUAAAAAAAACUUUUUUUGGAGUCCAAAGUAGGGAAUAUUUGAGAGUAAUAUUAAGCAUAACAACAACCCAGUUGCUUUAAAUGAAUUAAAGCCUAAACCUAAGUCAGCAAACAUUUACAUUACCUCUUAAUUUUAAUAAAUCAAUGAUUUUGGAACCAUAGAAAUAGAAAAAUUGAUUUCCCACAAAUGAAGCCUGAACAUAAUUACUGGCAGAGUAGUUGAUAAUGUAAAUUGUUCAAAGGGUCCUAAGACAUUUAAAUUGAGGAGUGGCAUAACUAGACAUCUUUCUAGAGGCCUAUUCCCACACAAACCACAUGAAGAUGAUCAAAUAAUUAUGUCAUGAAAUCUUCAUUUGUGUGCAUUUCCAGGCUUUUGUGGCAAGAUAUUUACAAUUGUGAAUCUGAUUGUAUUUCCAGAUGUUGGCACUGAGCUUGUCAACAGAAGAAAUAUCGUUGUGACAUCUGUGUAGAUUAAUAGCAAGUUAAUGUAGCAAGCUGAAGGGGGAGUAAUCAAUAUCAACGGCCUUGAUCAUUUACUUAUUCUUCUUCAUCUUCUUCAUGUCCCUUAGUCCUUGGACCGUUGGGUCGCCACAGAUGACAUAUGAACCAUCCUCCUCCAUUCCUUGGAGCCUUCUUCUGAGACUAUUGCUCCUAGGUAUUUGAAGCGGCCUACAGUCUCUAGUCUUUCCUCCCCGACCUUAAUUUCAGUGGUGAUGCCUGCGGUAUUAUUUGUCAUCAGUUUUGUCUUUUCAGCACUGAUUAGCAUGCCGUAGGACGACGAGGUCUUAUCGAGACACUUUACCAGGUUGGCUAGCUCUUCUUUGUUCCCAGCCAGUCCGUCUAUGUUCCCCGCAAAGCGUAGGUUGGUUAUUGUUCUGCCACCAAUGCUGACUGUCCCUUCAUGCGCUUCCACAGCAUCUGACAUAAUUCUCUCUAGGAAGAUGUUGAACAGGGUGGGGGAGAGCAGGCAGCCUUGUAGUACUCCAACCGUGGUCUUGAACCAUUCUCCGAUGUUGUUGUUGAGGAAGACUGCACUGGUGGCCUUAUCAUAGAGGUUGUAUAUCAUGCUGGUUAGGUUUGUGUAGAUUUUGUAGUGCCUCAUAGUGGUCCGUAAAGCAGCAUGCCAAACCCUGUCAAAUGCUUUCUUGAAGUCAACAAAGUCGUGGUAUAGGUUUUGUUGGUGUUGAGCAUAUUUCUCACAUAGUAUUCAUUUACUUAGUAGAACAUAAAAAAUGUCUUCUUGAACUUUAAAUAUUGUAGAGCUUAUUAAUGCUAUGUGACAAUGCUUUUUAUUUGCAUUACCCAAUAUAUGACACUUAGAGGGAAAAAAAUAAUAAACAUUUAUUCUGAAUUUAGUAUGAAAUUGAGUUUCUAUCGUUUUUUUACUUACUUUCCUGUUAGCUAAUAGUGUCAAUUUCUGUCACACUUUCCUUUACAUCAUUCUAACCAGACACACCUCUUCCUAUGUUACAAUGUAUAAAUGAUGAAGUAAGGUCAGGAGGUAAUUGUAACCACAACAACUUUUAUUUAAAAAGAAAACAAUGAUAUCAUAUAAUGUUCUAGUGAUAAGUUUCAUGAAAAAUUCACAUUUUCACAAAAAUAACAAAUAGUAAAUGGCUAUCAAACUCUUAACAUUAUAAUAUACUAAUUUCUUCAAAUUAUAAACAAAACCUAAUGUUGAAAUAUCAACAAAAGGGUUUUUUGUGCUUUGGAAUAAGAAAAAAAGAAAGUGAGGGAGGCAGAUUCUUAUUGCAACACUUAUUUAGAAACUCAAAAAAUAAAAAUAUUUAAAGUGAAAAUGAGCGACCCAAACUGAAUCAUAUUUCUAUGCAGUUAGUAAGGUUGAUUAGAAUUUAUCUGUAACAUGAUCAGUCAUAUAAAUAAAAUAAAGCUCUAUUCUGAUGAUCAUUUACAUUUUUUAAGUGUUACCUUUCUAAAAUAGAAAAAUCCUUGACACCUCCAUCUGUUUGUGCAUUCAUUUUGUGUUCCCUGGCACAAAUUACUUUUUUUAUUUUACAUUGCUGUGAUCUCUUCAGAGUCACUUUCAAGUACAAAAAUAUAAUUAUAAUGCAGGUCAAUAGUAUUAUGAAAUACGGUAUAACAUGCUACAAUAUUCUGGUAAUUCAUUUUUUCUUAAAGAAAGCCAUCAGGGAAGUCUGUUUGCCUUUUUGCGGUGAGACUGCUGCUUUCUUGGAUGGCUGAAAACCAAAGGCAACCGUGUUUCAACUUUUAUUAAAACUUAUUUAAGCAUUGAAUUAAUCGAAUAUUAAUUUUUGUAAUUGUCUUGUUUCCAUGCCACUCAUCAAUCUGAUUGUUUUACUACAGUUUUAAUAAUAACUUUAUACUUU